AAAAAUAAUAAUCACUUCGUUAGAAAAUACAAACUUUUUUCUCUCUAAGAAACCAUGUUGAGUGCUUUUUGGGGUCAUGCAUCAGCUAUUGCUAUAGCUUCACCAGUGGCCAGCAUUGUGGGUUUUCAAGGUGAUCGGACUACCAUAAGACGACCAACAUACGGAGAGAUGAAAUUUGUGGAAGUCGUUGAAAAACAUAGAAAAAUGCCAACAUUUCCUCAAUCAUUUCCAAUGAACGGUGGUGAUGGUCCUCACAGUUACCUCCACAAUUCCUCUUAUCAAAAAGUGGCGAUAGAUGGCGCUAAAGAAAGGACAAGGGAAGCAAUCUUAGAAAAACUCGAUCUUGAACUCCUGAACCGUAAUUCUGAUGCAAAUAUCUUGAGAAUUGCGGAUUUUGGUUGUUCCAUUGGACCUAACACGUUCGAUGUUGUCCAAAAUAUCAUAGAUACGGUAAAACAAAAACAUCUAAAAAAAGAAACACAUAUUGGUGCUCCUCUCGAGUUCCAAGUAUCCUUCAAUGAUCAACCCAACAAUGAUUUUAACACACUUUUUAGAACUCAACCUCUCUUUUCCAGACGAGAAUACUUAUCCGUCGGAGUUCCAGGCUCCUUUCAUGGUAGAGUAUUACCAAAAAAUAGCCUCCAUAUCGGUCACACUUCUUAUACACUCCACUGGCUUUCUACAGUUCCCAAACAUGUUUGUGACAAGAAAUCUCCGGCAUUGAAUAAGAGCUAUAUUCAGUGUAAUAAUUUAGUUGAUGAAGUGACUAAGGCUUACAAGAUCCAGUUCAAAAAAGACAUAGGAGGUUUUCUUGAGGCAAGGGCGGAAGAGCUUGUCUCGGGCGGAUUGAUGAUUCUAUCAGGACAAUGCUUGCCCAAUGGUAUCCCAAAGGCUUUGACAUGUCAAGGUGUUGUGAUCGAUAUGAUUGGAGAUUGUCUUAUGGAUAUGGCUAAAUUGGGAAUAACGAGCAAGGAAAAGAUCGAACAUUUCAGUUUGCCCACAUAUAUCCCGCAUAUUAGUGAAUUCAAGGCAAACAUUGAGCAAAAUGAAAACUUUACGAUCGAGACAAUGGAGGAGAUAAGUCAUCCUAUGGAUUAUAUGCCAUUAACCAACGGCUUCAUCACUUCCAUGUUUCGAGCCAUUCUCAAUACGAUUAUUGAAGAACACUUUGGAGACGGUGUGGUCAAUGAACUAUUCGAUCGACUUGCUAAGAAGCUCGACAAGUACCCGAUUAAUUUCAGAAGGUGUAAAAAGUAUGUGAACUAUUUUAUUGUGCUUAAAAGAAAAUAAAAAUGGAGAUAAUGACAACUAGUUAUGUCAUUAUUGUGUAAUAAUCAUGAUAAUAAUGUACAAAUCAUGUAAUGUGUGUGCGUGUGUGAAGUGUGUUUUUGAUUCAAUAAAAAAAAUGGUCACUUGUGCGUGUUUCAUAAA